AUGCUGGAGAAACUUAAACGGUCACCAACGCUGCUGUAUGCCAUCGUCUUGAAACUCGGUGAUACUCAGAUAGUUGCUUGGAGAAGGGCGAUUUGUCUGCCAAAGAAAAUUAGACAACAGGCCCGUCGAAACCAAGACAGCCAUUUAUUCUUUCUUUGCAUGCAUGAAAUAAUCGGGUCAACCUUUUCAUUUUGCUCCAUCAACGUUGAUUAUACCUUUGCUUUGCACUUUCCUCCAUUCAUCCUACAGCCAUUAAAUUCUAUUUAUCCUUAUCUUUUUUCUCCAACUAUAAUUAUGGACGGUGAGACUAUUUACGUAGUAACAAUAUUAUACGCCAAAGGUGAAGAAGAAGUUGACGAUCACUCUAUGAAAACAAAAGCAUUCUCCAAUUUGGACGAUGCGAAUUGGUAUAGAGGUGUUGUAUCGAAGAAAGUGUAUCAAUUGUAUAAAUAUCAGGGACAGUACAGUCUUUCAGAAGAUCUAACAGUGAGCGAUGACAAUGACAACGAUUGGGAUGAAGCAGAAAUAGAAGAAAAUGUACCUAACAGAUAUGAUAGUAAAAGCGACAAGUGGGUCAAUAAUCCAGAAUUUAUUCUAGUAGAUCACAAACGUGAAUGUACUUAUAUUGUGGCCGAUACAAGAGAUAGAAAUAGUCUGUAUACAAUUAUCAGCGUUAGAAAAGUUAUCAUCGGGGAGUCAUGAUCUUUAUAAGAGAUGCCAUUCAUCGGUGAAGCAUAUGGUUAAUUGUACCAUUUGCAUGUAAAUAGUUUAAACAGAACCCAGAUAUCUAUAUUCUAUCAAACCUAAUCAACAAUAAAACACUGAUAUGAGUACCAUGAGACUCACGUUUGCAUUGAUACCUGUAUUACGUAAGCGACCCAUGACAUGCGAUUUUUCGAAAUGGCAUAGUUUGCCCUUUUGGGCACUCAGUCCAUAAUACAAGGGGUCACUCUACUUUUAAGAGAGCUACAAUAGUCAUCACGAUUAAGUCUAGCCAAAUCGACCCUUUUGGUACCAGAGACCGAGGAAACAAC